AAGAAAAUGGUUCUGUCUAUGGAAAAAUGGGUCGGUAAAGUUGCAGUAGUGACUGGAGCUAGUGCUGGAAUUGGAGUUUCUAUUGCAGAAAAAUUAGUUGAACAUGGAAUGCAAGUGGUUGGAUUGGCUCGUCGGAAGUUUUUAAUGGAUGAGCAUAAGAAUCGAUGGAAGAGUAAAAAAGGAACGUUUCAUCCCAUAAAAUGUGACGUAAUGGAGGAAUCUGAUAUUGUCAACGCUUUUGAAUGGAUAAAGAAAAAUUUAGGCCCAGUGUCCGUGCUGAUUAAUAACGCUGGCAUAGGAGGAUAUACAACUUUAAUAAACGGAGAUGCUGCUAAAUGGAAAGCCAUUUUUGACACCAACGUUCUUGGUUUAUGCAUGGCCACUAAGGAGGCAAUCAAUCAAAUGACAGAAAGCAAAAUUAAUGGACACAUAAUCCACAUGAACAGUAUUGCAGGUUUUAUGAUACCAUUUCACCCUAACGCAAAUGUAUAUCCUGCCUCAAAACACGCAGUUACUGCAUUGGUCGAAACUUUAAGAAGGGAACUGAAUCUGAUGAAAUCUAAAAUUAAAAUAAGCGAUAUUAGUCCAGGGUUGGUAAAUACCGAAAUAGCAGAUGUAUACGAUAGUAAUUCUUAUUUAGCUAAAGCUGUAGCUGAUCCAAACAAUUUGAAAUGUGAAGAUAUAGCUGACGCUGUUAUAUAUAUUUUAUCCACGCCACCGCAUGUACAGAUUCACGAAUUGGUCAUAAAGCCUGUUAACGAACCGUGGUAAAAAUACCUACGUAAUAUAUAGGUAUACAUUAUAUCUAUUUGUAACUGUAGUUUAUAAUAAACGUUUUAUAAAACAA